AUGAAAGUCCGACUGGCUGCACAAACAUUCAGUUGGUCAGUCAGCAGAAGCCUGGAGCUGGCACGGCAACUAAACUUGCAACAGUUUAAGGGCAGUGAGGGAACAUCAAAGUUUGUUGCGGAUGUCGAUCGCUACAUUUGCACAUACCGCCUCAGCCAAGAUCACCUGGAAAUGUUUUUUAGCUGUGUGCGCCAUCGAGGAGGGUGGAACAACAAUCCUUCUGCCAUGCAGUUUCGCUAUGCUUAUCGCAGCCUCCUCGUUCACGCUGAUGUCACAGCAGUGAAAACUGGCAAUGUCGCUCCAGACCUUGAGGGCCUUAUGACAGUGCCACAUCAGAGGAUGCAACGGAGCCAGGCUGAGGAAAGGGACGAAUCUUCUUCACCAGAGGCAUCUAUUAUUCGGGCGGUAGCUGACCAUGACUAUGGAAACCUCAGCUAUGGCCUCACAAAUUUCAGUAGUGAGGUUGUGCAGUACAUUGGAGGUUUCAUUGUCAGAGCAGUAGCGAAACGUGUAACAUGCCCUACUUGCACUGAUAUACUUGUCAAGGACAGCAUCACUAGCGUACUGAUUUUCAUCAGAAAGAAUGGGGGACUCAUCAUGCCAUCUGCUCUGGUGCACCAUGUCCUUCACACUGCUGAGCAUGUCUUUCGGAAUAAUUUGGCCAAUGUUAGAAAAAUGACAAUACAGCGGCUAGUCCUACUAUCAUUUCGCCAGUUUUUUGAGAGGCAUGAAAGGAUCUUAUCAGGCCUUGAACACUACAGAGACAACCCUGAGCAUGUAAUCGAAUUGAUUAAGCUCAUGCUAUGGACAUACUGUAUACUUCGCCUCAGAGAGCAGGCAAAACGGGUGACAGAACACUCAAAGGGUACUUAUGUGCGAGCACUCCUCACAAAGCAAAUACUGUUCCAGCACCAGUAGAUGCUAUGCUCAGAUACCACUCAUGGUAACUUCAUUGCAACUAUACUCCGUUUCAUACACAGCAGGUAACGUUGCAGAUGCUGCGCAAGCCUCACUCUGCACGUUUCAAAGUGCA